AUGUCCCUCGCACAUCAUCCUCGUCAGCACGUGUCGUCGGACGUGUUACCGCCGCUGCAUGCGUGGCUCCCGUCGGCCAACCCUUUCUUUCCAGUACCUCUGCAGCAUGUAUCGUACGCGACGUACGCCCAUGACGGCGGUCUGGUCCAUCCGCCGCCGCAAGAACAGCCGCACGUGCGCUCGUUUGCUGGACCGUCGCACAACCUACGCCGCCUUCCGUCGCUCUCCAAUAUCUUGAAUCCGAUCACAAGCACAGUAGCCCCAGUCACGAUCCCGACCUACUCGCAUGGACAACAGUACACGACGAUGCCGAACUUUGUUGGCAAUGUCGCACUGGAAGCACCGAACUUGACGCCGUCGCCGACCACGAGCACAGCCGCGUCGACUCACACCGUCGACGGCCUCGACGAUGACCAUCACCACCAGUCGCCGCAUGUGAUCCCUGAAGUGCCAGGCCAAUGCUUGGAAGCUCAAUGCAACGAGCCGGUAAAACAUCGCGGUUUCUGCAAACGACACGGCGGCGCGCGGCGAUGUUCUGUGCCGCACUGUACUAAAGGCGUUCAAGGCGGGAGUUUGUGCAUCGGUCACGGUGGCGGCAAGCGGUGCCGGAUCCCCGAUUGCAACAAAGCGACCCAGUCCCAAGGACUUUGUAAAGCCCACGGCGGCGGGGUGCGAUGCAAGUUUGACGGGUGCAACAAGAGCAGUCAAGGAGGCGGGUUCUGCCGACGACAUGGAGGAGGCAAGCGAUGCAGCGUCGAGGGGUGUCCACGGGGAGCCCAGCGGGGCGCGACGUGCGCUCAGCACGGGGGCAAGACGCGUUGUCUGGUCGCCGACUGCGUCCGAGCGGAUCGCGGGGGCGGGUUUUGCGAAGUCCACCGACGCGGCAAAGUGUGCACACUGAGCUACUGCAACCGACUUGCUAAGGUCCAGUGCGAUGGGUACUGCGCCCAGCACCACCGCGAGCGCCAACUUGCCUACCAGAAGUAG